AUGACAACUAUGCGACUCCCCGAGAUCCACAACAACCCGUCCAAGAUCCAGCUUGAACGCGUUGCCCAUGUGUACUUUGAGCACGUCGAUCUUGAGGCAUUCGACAAAUUUGCCAAUGACUUCGGACUGGUCGAGGCAUACCGCGGCGAGGAUGUGAUCCUCUACCGCGGCUAUGGCAAAGACCCGUACUGCUACGUCGCUCGAAAGUCCAAAACUGGAACCCAGAGUUUCCAAGGAGGAGCCUUUGUGGCCCAAACACAAGAUGAUUUUGACAAAGCUGCCGCCAUGGAUGGGGCGGUCCUUUCGGACUUGUCGCCAUUCCCAGGAGGCGGGCGCAAAGUCAGCUUGCCAACGCCCCUGGGGUUCACAUUCCACAUUGUGUACGGCCAGGAAGAGAGGCCCGUGGCAGAGAGUGUUCCCUCUGCACAAGUCGAAAGCCUAGGGCCUCUCAAUGGCAGCUUAACCAAGCGCAGAAUGGGUCAGUUUCAACGUUUUCAUCCUGGCCCUGCUAUGAUCCAUAAACUCGGUCACUUUGGAUACAUUGUGGGCAGCUGGGACGAGGAGACCCAUUGGUACACAGAAAACUUCAACUUUGUCCCCUCUGACGUCCAGCAUGAUCCAACCAACGAAGACGUGGAUGUGAUUACCUUUCUCCAUCUGGACUUGGGAGAGCGAUUCUCUGACCAUCACUCUUUGUUUCUCUCCCGCGCACCGCCCGGGGCCCACGACCGUAUGCACCACACCUCCUUCGAGGUGGAGGAUUUUGAUACGCAGCUACUUAGCCACCACUGGCUCGGGGACAGAGGUUACAAGUCCGUGUGGGGAGUGGGCAGACAUAUUUUGGGAUCGCAGAUCUUCGAUUACUGGAGAGAUCCCAGUGGGUUUACGAUUGAACACUACGCCGACGGGGAUCUUGUGAACAUCCACGUUCCCACAAAGCGAACCAAGGCAGGGCCGUUGUCGGUCUGGGGUCCAGAGCUGCCUGCAGAUAUGACCGAGGAUGGAACAAAAGGGACCGCUGCCUGA